CCAUUUCUUUCCUUCCCCACAGACAGACCACACCAAAAUACCUCCGCCACCGCCGCCGUCGCUGCCGCCACCGGCCGCCGCCGCGAUGCUCCGUCUCCGAGAGCGCAUUGUUUCCCGUCUCCUCUCUUUCUCCUCCACAUCCACCUCCGCCCCGGCCACCCCCCCACUCCGCCGCCUCCUCUCCGCCGUCGCGGCCCCCAUUCCCCCGAGCCGAGGAUUCGCCGUUGAGGAGUACCUCGUCGACACCUGCGGCCUCACCCGAGCCCAGGCACUCAAGGCCUCCACCAAGCUCUCCCACCUCAAGUCCCCCGCCAAUCCCAACGCCGUCCUCGCGUUCCUCUCCGGCCUCGGCCUCUCCAGCGCCGAUGUCGCCGCCGUCGUCGCCAAAGACCCGCUUUUCCUCUGCGCCGGCGUGGAGAGAACCCUGGGCCCCGUCGUCGCCGGGCUCACCGGCCUCGGUCUCUCGCGUCCUGAGAUCGCCCGCCUCGUCUCGCUUGCCCACUGCCACUUCCGGCGCAGAUCCAUCGUCUCCAAGAUGCACUACUACCUGCCCCUCUUGGGCUCCUUCCACAACUUCCUCCGGGCGUUCAAGUGCUCACCCUAUCUUCUCGCGCGGGACCUUGAUACGACGGUCAAACCCAAUGUCGCCUUCCUGCAGGAGUGCGGGCUAGCUGCUUGUGAUAUUGCCAACCUGACCAUGGUUAUUUGGGGGAUGCUGACCUGCGACCUGGAGCGCCUCCAGGCGAUGGUGACAUGCGCCGAAGGUAUAGGCGUGCCCCGUGGCUCUGGGAUGUUCAGAACUGCGCUACAUGCUGUCGCAUUCCAAAGCGAGGAGAAGAUCACCGCCAAACUCGAGUACUUGAAGAAGACCUUCAGGUGGUCUGAUACCCAAGUGAGGAAUGCUGUGUCUAGGGCUCCAAUGCUGCUGGGCAGGUCAAAGGACGCACUGCAGCGCAGGUCCGAGUUCCUGUUAGCUGAGGUGGGGCUGGAACCCGUGUGCAUUGCUUAUCGACCGAUAAUUCUCUGUCUUAGCCUGGAGGGCCGGGUCAGGCCCCGGUGCUAUGUUGUAAAGUUUCUCAAGAAAAAUGGAUUGCUAGAUCACGACCUGAGCUUCCAUACUGCAGUCAUGAAGACCGAGAAGGAUUUCGUGGAAAAGUAUAUAUGCCCUCACAAGGAAGCUGCGCCACACCUUGCUCAAGACUAUGCAACCGCUUGCAAAGGGAAAGUGCCAGAGAAUUUUAGAUUUACAUGAACCAGGAGUGGGCUAAGGAAAUCGGUUACUAUGUAUUGCGCAACAAAGUUUUCACUCUGCAUAGUAAUCUGGUAAUUCCUGUUUAGGUGUUCUUUGCCAAACUAGAUUGUUGGUUAUUUUCUGUAGUAUGCCUGUUACAUGCCGGUUUGGUCAUUGCUAAAUGCUAACUGCUAUGAAACUGAUAAUUUUUCAUUCCUGAACCCUGAUAUGUUGAUGUUGUCAUUCCUUUGAGAAGAUCUCUGUGUUUACCUGAUAAUUUUUUUUCCUGAACCCUAAAGUCUAAUUAUAUUUUUCUAAAUCAUGGUUGAGUGAAAUAUGUGUUGCCAGUUCCAUUCUCUCAUGUGUUUACAUUUUAAGAGUGAACUGGAAAGUGGAAUUUGCUGGCACCCCACCUUCCGAUACACAGCCUGCCAAGAUGGUGUUCAGUGAGAUAAAACUCCUUCCACCAAGAAGAACAUGUGGCCUAAAACUCUGCUCACUCUUUUUUUUUGAGAAGUACACCUCAAUCUGUCUGGUAGAUAUCCUUUUGUUAGUAAGCAAUCCAUCUAUUUUAAUCCGAUUAAGAUAUGCUUCUUCUGGUCAUUGGUUGAUUUCAUUACUGAAAUCUGCACUUGCUUCUCGUUGUA